CAAUGAAAGGUCCGCAAAACUCAGAAACGUUCCUACGAGCCACCAACGCCUGCUCUGAUUUCAGGAUACCGGAGCGCGCCCGCUCGGCUGCCUUUAUAGCCGAGGGACAGAGGGAUCUAGGGAAGAGGGUCCCACUGGGGACGCCGGGACGAGCGUGAGCGACUCUAUCACCAGCCACCCCCACCACAAACGGGAGUAAACGCUCCGCAUCCCGUCACUGGGGCAACGCUGCAAUCCGACACCCAGGCUCAAGAUUCCGCAUCCCGAGCCACGCAGAAGAGGCGCAUCGCAGGCCGUCCGCGGGGACAGACAGCGCCGUCCCUGGGGGGCCUAAUGCGAUGGGGGACACGUCCUCUCCACCGGCCCGGGUCCGAGGCUCCGCCACCGGCAACUACUCGGCCGCGCCGGGGCCGGUUUCCCGCACGUGGCGGCCGUGACUACCGGAGCGGUAUCCCUCCGCGCCCCCGCCUCAGCCUCCUUCUGCCUUCCCGGGACCCUCCGAGUCGGGGCACCGCGGAAGGAUCGCACGCACGCGCGCGUACGUUCCGCCGUGACCGCGGAGAACGGGGAGCGCCGCGCUGAGGAGCAGCCGCCGCCACCGCCGCCGCCAGCACGGCCACUCCGCAGCCUCUCGCCGCUGGUUAGUCAGCCCGGUGGCUGCGGGCGGGCAGCCGGGCCGGGCGCCCUCCACAGCGUCUUCCUCGCCGCCGGCUCCGCGUCCUCCCACCGCAGCUCCUCGGGGAGGGGGGCGGUCGGUGCCUGCGCAGAGCCGCCUCCUCCCCGCCCCCGCCCCGCCUCCCCCCGCGCCGCCGCCACCCGCUCCCGCCGCCGCCGCUGCGCCUGCUGCUCCUCGCCGUACCCGCUGCAGUGCGAAGGGCUCGAAGAUGGCCGGUUGGCAGAGCUACGUGGAUAACCUGAUGUGCGAUGGCUGCUGCCAGGAGGCCGCCAUUGUCGGCUACUGCGACGCCAAAUACGUGUGGGCAGCCACGGCCGGGGGCGUCUUCCAGAGCAUUACGCCAGUAGAAAUAGAUAUGAUUGUAGGAAAAGACCGAGAAGGUUUCUUUACCAACGGUUUGACUCUUGGCGCAAAGAAGUGCUCCGUGAUCAGAGAUAGCCUAUACGUCGAUGGGGACUGCACAAUGGACAUCCGGACAAAGAGUCAAGGUGGGGAGCCAACAUACAACGUUGCUGUGGGCAGAGCUGGUAGAGUCUUGGUCUUUGUAAUGGGAAAAGAAGGGGUCCAUGGAGGCGGAUUGAAUAAGAAGGCAUACUCAAUGGCAAAAUACUUGAGAGACUCUGGGUUCUAGCUGCUAGGCAGACUGUUAAGUAUUAGGGGAAAAUUGCUCUUAAACUUUCCUAGCUGUAAGCUUGAGUCUUAAUUCUGGAAAUUUUAUUAGCAAUGCAGGGUGAUGGGGUAUGAACCUGUGUCUCCUUUGUAUCCCUCUGUUGGUGGGGAAAGGUCUUUCUUUCUGCCCUCCCCCCCUUAAAUAAUUCUGUUCACUUUUGUUUUGUUUCCUUGUGUACUCCAGCAUUGGUUAUAGUGAUGGGAAAGGAAGGUGUCCACGGAGGCACACUUAACAAGAAAGCAUAUGAACUCGCUUUAUACCUGAGGCGGUCUGAUGUGUAAGCAGCCUCUCCCCAUCUACCUAGCAACUGUCUUCAUCACCACCCCAACAUGGUCACAAUGCUACCAGACUAUAUGGUGGCUAAUUUUUCUUCACCUAUUUUCUAAUGUCAUGAUUCCUGUUUGCCCUGUAGAUCAUUUGUAUGUUAACCACUGUAUGUAAUCAACCCUUAUCUGGCAACAUAAUUGCAGCACAAUAAUGAUUUGCAUGAUACCUUGAAAUUUGGGGGGAGGGGGCAUGCCAAGUUGGGCAUCACUUUGUCUUAGCAAUUAAUGGGAUAUUGAUUACUAAAAUAAGUUACUAUUAAGCAAGGUGCCGGUUGUACAAUCUCUAAUUUGAUCAAUGUCUUUUCAGCACUUUGAGCAUUUACUUAGCUCAUUUAGUCUUCCUUUUGUAGCGCAUGGUUGGGAGGUAGUGCAUGCAUCUUUCUUCACCUCUUUUCUCACCCCCCUCCCUUCGCACAUAAGGUAUUUGGUUUGCUUCCAUCUUAUUUUAUGCAGUGCCUGGUUUAUUUAACCAAUUAAUAAUCCCUUUUGUUGACGAGCUAUUGAGAGCUGCAGUAGUUUGCUUUUAGUAUUGUUGUUGCACUUGAGUAGACAAAUCUUUUUUCAUAGUGUCUACAGGACAUACAAAGAGUGCAACUGCAAAACAAGAGCAAAAGGCACUUCCUCCCAUGACCUUACGGUGACCAUACUGAUCGAACCCCAGGGACAUUCCAUCACUGCAAUAGCUCAGAUUUUUGUUCCUGUCUUUUUCUUUGCACACCAGCUCUACUCUUUAGUAAAAUUGUAAAAGGCUGCCAUUAUGGACAUUAGGUAUCCCAACGUAACCAUCUGGAGUGUGUCCAGUUUGUUCUUCAUAGGACCAAUUUUUAUUUGCAGCUUGAGUUUUUAUAUGAAGUUGCAUUAUUGUGGACUUGGCUGUCUUGUGAUGAAUUUUUUUUCAUAUGUAUUCUGUGCCAUACUAUUGUUAAAAUGAACUGUUGCUAUUGUGAGAUGGAUUUUAACUGACCUAUAAAAGGUUUCUUUUGAAUGGCACUACUUUAGGGACAUUCUAGUAUUUGCUUCUAUUGUUUGGGCCUUGUGGAUAAUGUACAGGUUUAAAAACAAAUCUUGUUGCUGAUUUGUCCAUUUCUUUCCCUGCACUUUGUUACAUCUGGGAUACAGUCUAACUCAUCUGAUUUAAUAUGCAUUUAAAAAAAUGCCAUAACUAUUAAACACCUUGUUUACAGACAGAUGAAAUAAAUUUAUUCCAACCAAA